CGCAGUGAUGCAGUGAUGGUCCACAGUCGGCUAAGUUCUUCCACUGGCACCUGAGCUUGCAAGCGCGAUAACAAGUUAGGAACGCAUGCCCAACGUAUAAUACACCGCUUGUGGAUGGAUGGGUGGUGUGAAGGCCGCCCUCGUCCACGCCCCCAAGGAACCCCAAAGCCUCCGCCAUGAGUCUGCUUAGUCGCAUCGCGCACGCCCUCGAAGUCGAGCACGACCCGUCGAAGAGCUAUGCAGAGCAGUUCACCACGAACGAGGACUUGCUGCCUGUGGUGCCCGAGAACAGGACGUGGAGGGGUUACAACUAUGUCGCUUUCUGGAUCGCGGAUAUGUUCAAUAUCAAUACGUGGAUGAUCGUGUCGUCCAUGAUUCAGCUGGGGAUGUCGUGGUGGCAAGCGUAUCUCUGCGUGUGGGUGGGAUACGGGCUCGUUACGCCCUUCAUUGUCGCGAACGCGCGCCCGGGCGCGAUACACCACGUCACGUUUCCUGUCGUGAACCGCACGAGCUUCGGGGUUUUCGGGAGUCUGUGGUGUGUUUUCAACAGAGGGGCGAUGGCUUGUAUCUGGUACGGAGUGCAGUCGAGCAUCGGGGGAACGUGUGUCUUGGUCAUGCUCAGAGCUAUGUGGCCCAGUGUAAACAAUAUUCCGAACUCUCUCCCGGAAUCGUCGGGGACUAACACGCGCGACUUCAUGUGUUUUCUUCUCUUCUGGUUGAUAUCGCUGCCUGCCAUAUGGUACCCGGUUCAUAAAAUACGUCACUUUUUCGUCGUAAAGAUGAUUGUUACUCCAAUAGCGGCUGUCGUCUUUCUGAUCUGGUGCAUCGUCAAGGCUCACGGAGUAGGCCCCAUUCUCAACCAGCCGUCGCAGCUCCAUGGAUCCAAUCUCGGGUGGGCAAUGAUCGUCAGCCUAAUGUCGUGCAUCAGCAACUCUGCGACGCUCGUGACUAACGCGCCCGACUUUGCUUCGCGCGCGCGCAGCCCAGCGGCGGCGCUGUAUCCACAGCUAUUUGCAAUUCCGCUCACGACUGGUGUCGUGUGCCUUAUCGGCAUCAUAGUCAGCUCUUCCUCGCAGGCAAUCUAUGGGGAGGCUAUCUGGAGCCCGAUUGACCUUCUCGGCACGUUCCUCAACAAUGACCCCUCCCCGGCGGCCCGUUUUGGGGUCUGGUUCAUAUCCGCCUCUUUCAUCAUAGCGCAGAUCGGGACCAAUAUAUCUGCAAAUUCUGUCAGCGCUGGCUGCGAUCUGACGGCGCUAUGUCCUCGUUUCAUCAACAUCCGACGUGGAGGGUAUAUCGCCGCUAUCGUAGGGUUGUGCAUGUGCCCGUGGAACCUGCUCAAGAGCAGCAACAGCUUCACGUCGUACCUCUCCGCGUACUCGGUGUUUUUGAGCUCGAUCGCGGGGGUGAUGAUCACCGAGUACUAUGUCAUUCGCAAGGGGCACUACAAGGUGACCGACCUGUACUCGACGACCCGUGACAGCUGGUACUGGUACACGUGGGGGAUCAACUUCAGGGCGUACGCAGCGUAUAUCGCCGGUAUUAUGAUCAACGUGGUGGGCUUCGCCGGAGCAACUGGCCAGACCGUGCCCAUCGCCGCCACGCGGAUCUAUGAGCUCUCAUUCUUCACGGGUUUUGGCACGUCUGCCAUCGUCUAUUAUGUUCUUAACCGCAUCUUCCCUGUCCCUGGAGCGGCGACCGAUUUCGUGGAGACGGACGUGUCGAGAUAUGAAGACCGUGAUGACAAGUCGAUAUCGUCGUCGCAAUCGCACAAAGGCCCGGAGAUUACUGAGGUGCCGGUUGAUGUAAAGGAGGAAAAGCGAGAUUCGAUUGACGCAUAGCCAACGUCAACUGUAUGUGAUCAGACGCCACCUUUAGUAGCAGUGGCAUCGUUUUUGUAAUAAGCCUAAUUAUAAGAUAUCACCAAUAUGC